CGAAAAAGCCGCAGAGUUCAGAGCAGAACGUCAGUAGUUCAGCAUCAGCGCAGAGAAACACAAGCUCACUUAGCUGAAGAAGCCUUUAUUGUUUCGCACCGUGGGGAUCUACUUUUCCCACUCUCUGGUGGAACCGUAACUUUUUAAUCUCGUCGCUUCGCCGUGAGUGCCAGUAUGACCUCGGAGAACGUCUUUCUGACGGCGCUGCAGCCCAAGACGACCGUCAGCACUUACGCGGUCCCCUCCGAAACCGAGCUCUCUCACGGCGGGACCCACGCCAAGGAGGAGGCGAGGUUCAAGCGCGUGCACCAGCAGGUGACUUUGAGACUGGCGGAGAAAUCCACGCUUCCGCGCCAGAACGGCUCGUCGUCACAACACGCAGCCUCAGAGUCUGGGAAUUACUCAGCGAUGACAAAAUAUUCAACAACGAGCCAGAAUUUCACUCCAAAUUUCAGCUCGAAAUCCUUCGUCUAUGCCCCCGGCAGAUCAAUGACGGCCCAGCGUCCAUCCCAGUACUCUAGUGGUUACUCAUCCCGCUCUGCCAUUGAUUUCUGCCCAAGAACCAAAAUGAGUUACACAGGAGGUGGUGGUGGAGGUGGGGCGUAUUACCAAGAAGAUUUUGUGAGCGGCGGUUACCAGGGUGGCGGUUCCCUGGGUGGCACUUACCAAAGUGGCGGGGGCCAGGCACAACAGCAGCAGGUCAACAAAAUGACUAGAUCCUUCAGCCGAAUCGGGGGUGACCCGGAGACCCAGUCCAUGCAUUCCAUGCGUGUGGCAUCCAUGCCGCGCCAGGUGGUUUCCUCAUGGGCGGCGCAGGAUGACAGCGACGGCAGCCUGGUUUCAGAACGAGACGCCACUUACAUGCAACAGGCCUCCAUGCAGGGCAUGAGCAACGGUUACACCACCAACACUUACCCACGUCAGUCCGUGUAUUCGACCUGUAGGGUGAACGGAUUCGAGAGUGGACAGCAGCAGGUCGGUUCUAUGACGCUGCCAGUCAUGAAACGCUCCCUCAGUGGGACGCUAGCCACUGGCGGCGGAGGAGGCGGCAUGGAGCAGGAGGUUUACAUUAAACAGCAGUCCUUCAAAGGCCCCGCCCACCGCACCAUCAGCCGAAUCAACAACCGGCAAACGAGUCGUGCAUCCAACAUGUCAUCAAGCAUGUAUGGAAGUGCCGGAUUCAGUGGCUCCCAGGGCAACCUGGCCAUGAUGCAGCAGGGACGGCUGUCACGCGCAGGAUCUGUCAGGAGCAUGCAUAGCGUCGGGAGAGGCAAGGAUGUGUUUGACGGCAUGGAUAUGACAGGCAGCAUGGGCAACCUGAGUGGACUCAACAGUUUGGACAUGCCGACUGCCAUUAACUAUCUUGAUGAAUCCGAUCAAAAUCUUCAGAUGUUGGGGGCUGCCUACAUUCAGCAUGAGUGUUACCAUAACAAUGAUGCAAAGAAACAGGUGAACCAGCUGAAGGGCAUUCCUCUCCUGGUGCAGCUGUUUACCAGCAAGAAUCAAGAGGUGCAGCGCUACGCCACCGGCGCUGCCAGAAACCUCAUCUAUGAGAACAUGGAGAACAAAGUGGCCCUUAUUGAAUCCGGCGGGAUCCCCAAACUCAUAGCUGCCCUUAAAGAACAAGACGACGAACUCCGCAAGAACAUCACAGGUAUUCUGUGGAAUCUGUCUUCUAAGGAUAACCUGAAACAAAGGCUGGCACAAGAAUCGCUUGCCGAAUUGACAGAGAAGAUUCUGAUUCCCCUCUCUGGCACCGGGGACCAGGACAUCAUUGAGCUGAACCCCUCGGAGUCCGACAUCUUCUUCAACACUACCGGCUGUCUCAGGAACUUGAGCUCAGUGAACGAGAAGACCAGAGAGAAGAUGAGAGGGACCCGUGGCCUUAUAGAUGCUCUUGUUGGCUAUAUUCAGAAAAGCUUGCAGGACAGUAAAGUGGAGGAGAAGGGUGUGGAGAACGCAGUGUGUGUGUUGAGGAAUCUGUCCUUUCAGCUGUACUCUGAGAUCCCCCAAUCAGCACUUCUGCGGCUGGAGGGUCCGAGUCGAGCUCAGAGCUCCUCAAAAGGAGAAGCUAUCGGCUGCUUCACCCCUAAUAGCAAGAAGGCCAAAGACAGACAAAAUCAGGACCUCACCACAUUUACAGAAGUGUCUCGGCAGCCCACAGACAUCGAGUGGCUCUGGCACCCUAAGAUAGUGGAGCUGUAUAACCAGGUGCUGCAGCGCUGCGAGAUCAACUCCACAACGCGAGAGGCCGCAGCCGGAGCCCUGCAGAACAUCACAGCUGGAGACAAGAGGUGGGCGUCCAUCUUGAGUCGUGUGGCGUUGGAGCAGAGUAGGAUAUUGCCUGUCGUUCUGGAUCUCCUCAGGACCAACAACGAUAUUGAGCUGCGUUCUCUCACCGGCUUCCUCAGAAACCUCACCCGUCAUGCCAAGGACAAGAACGACAUGGCCACAAAGGUGGUAAAUCCCUUGCUUGCCAAACUGCCUGCCGAUGGCCGCCAGAAGGAGCCGUCCAGUGACGUGGUGGUGAACAUCUGUGGAGCCCUCAACAACCUGGUGACCAGCAGCAUGGUGGCUGCACGAGACAUCACCUUCUUCGAUGGUCUGAUCAAGCUGGUGGGCAUCAAGACGUCUCAUGACAACAGCCCUGCUAAACUGAAAGCUGCUAAAGCAGCGGCAACAGUGCUGAGCAACAUGUUUCAGUAUAAGAAACUACACAAAGAUUACAGAAGCAAAGGGUACCAGAGAGAAGACUUUGCAGACAUGGGCUUCUGAAUGGAUUAUAUUGUCAAACAAGAAGAUAUUUAAUAAGGACAUUGGAUAAAGAAAACACAACUGGAACACUGGAAAAAUAAAUAUUCUGAAAAGUGGAUAACACACACAAGACUUUAUUGCUACUGUAUAGGACGAACACUUCCUGUCUAGCGUGGUAUUUUUGUCAUUUUUUCCAAAAAUCCUCAGGGAUUUAUUGCAAUAUGUUUUUUCUAUUAAUAUACAAAAACACAUACUAUCCACGAUAUAAUAAUUAUAUCUUGGGAAUUUAAUCCAGCUUUAACAGUUUCAAUCUUUUUUUUUUUUUUUUAGAUAUUUGUAGAAAAAUAUCUGUAUUAUGAUGGUAGGGAAGACAUUUUAGCUGGAAAAUUGGAAUUGUGAGGGGAUAUAGAUAACAUAAGAAGAUUGUAAUAUGUUUUAUAAUGCGUAUAAAUGCUGUAAACACAGGCCGGAGAGAUUUGGGCUGUUAAUCAGCCCUCUUGUCAUAACAGAAUUGCUUAUUUCUUACUAGUCUGAUUUAAAAUCUAGUGGGUUUUCUUCUUUUUCUUUUUUUGGUGUUUUGCUAUGUACAGAUAGUAUGUGUCAUUAUUUAGUGUACAAAUAAUAACAAUAAUGAUAUGAGGACACAUGGUAAAAUACAAUCUGAAUGUUUGAAUGGAAAUGUUGCAUUUAAACCCACUGACUAAACUGAUUAAGUAUGUUUUUAAUAAGAAACAUCAAUAUAUGCCAAAUACAUAUGGAUCAUUUCUGUUCACUUAUGAAUUAUUAUAUGGUGCAAUAUGUGCAUUAAUUUGAUAGUAAGCAAUUCUACUUACAUGUAGUGUUCUUUUUUUUGUAUAAAAUUUUUUAUUAUGGAUGUUGAAUGUUUGGUUUAGGUUGGUAUGCUUCUAAAAUAUAUUUAAUCUGGUGUGUAUGAAAUAGACUGUUAUGAGGGAUUUGCAGUCUUUAAAUAUUUGAGACAUGCUUUUUUUUCCACCGGAUGGAGACUUGAUUCUGCAGAGAGGUCUUGAACUUUCUGACCUUUAAGAAUGCAUUGAAUGUUCUCUUUUCAAAGUCUUUGAUGAUCGAAUGUCUAGUAUAUUUUUUUAAUUCAUCAUAAUUUCAUUGUAAAAUGCAUGUGCGUGAGUGUCAUAGAUAUAUGUUCAUAUAAAAAAAAACAAUAAAAAGGAAAUAAAGAGA